UCCACAGAAGCGCUCCGGAGCUCAGCAGAGACCACGGCAGGUGCCAUGACUGCCCUGGGAAUCACGGUCGCCCUGCUGGUGUGGGUGACAGCCCUGCUGUGCGCCUUCCUCUGGAAGCAGAUGUACAGCAGCAGGAAGUUGCCCCCAGGCCCUUUCCCACUGCCCAUUGUUGGGAAUGUUCUUCAGUUGGAACUCAAGAAUAUACCCAAAUCCUUCACCAGGCUGGCAGAGCGCUUUGGGCCGGUGUUCACUCUGUACCUGGGCUCCAACCGCGUCGUGGUCCUGCACGGCUACCAGGCAGUCAAGGAGGUCCUGCUCCAGCACAAGAACGAGUUUUCCGGCCGAGGAGAAUACCACGUGUACCGGGCCCACAAGAACCAAGGAAUUACUUUCAAUAAUGGCCCGACCUGGAAGGAAACCCGGCGGUCCGCCCUGACCAUCCUGCGGGACUUCGGGAUGGGGAAGGAGGGCAACGAGGCCCGCAUCCAGAGGGAGAUCCCCUUCCUGCUGGACGCGCUCCGGAAGACCAACGGCCAGCCCUUCGACCCCACCUUUGUGGUGGGCUACGCGCCCUGCAAUGUCAUUGCCGACAUCCUCUUCCGCAAGCGCUUCGACUACGAGGACAGGACCAGUCUGAGGCUGCAGACCUUGUUUAACGAGAACUUGUACCUGAUCAGCACUCCCUGGCUGCUGCUUCAUAAUAGUUUUCCAAGCUUUCUAAACUACCUGCCCGGAAGCCAUAGAAAAGUAAUGAAAAACGUGUCUGAACUAAAAGACUAUGCUUUAGCCAGACUGAAGGAGCACCAGCAGUCGCUGGCCCCCAGCUGCCCCCGGGACUUCACUGACUGCCUGCUCGUGGAGAUGGAGAAGGAGAAAUACAAAGCAGAGCCAGGGUACAACUUGGACAACAUUGCUGCGACCGUGGCCGACGUGUUCUUUGCAGGGACAGUGACCACAAGCGCCACUCUGAAAUACGGGCUCCUGGUGCUCAUGAAACACCCAGAGGUGGAAGAGAAACUCCAUGAAGAAAUUGACAGGGUGAUUGGGCCAAACCGAAUCCCUUCCAUCAAGGACAAGCUAGAGAUGCCCUACAUGGACGCCGUGGUGCAUGAGAUUCAGCGGUUCACCAAUCUCCUGCCCUCCAACCUGAAUCACGAAGCAACCCAGGACACAGUGUUCAGAGGCUACAUCAUCCCCAAGGGCACAGUCCUAAUUCCGACACUGGACUCCCUCUUGUUUGACAAACAAGAAUUCCCUGACCCAGACAAGUUUAAGCCAGAGCAUUUUCUGGAUGAAAAAGGAAAGUUCAAGUACAGUGACUAUUUCAAGGCAUUUUCCGCAGGGAAGCGGGUGUGUGUUGGAGAAGGCCUGGCUCGCAUGGAGCUGUUUUUGUUCUUCACUGCCAUUCUUCAGCACUUUAACUUGAAGUCUCUCGUCGACCCCAAGGAUAUUGACCUCACCCCCAUCGUGAAUGGGUUUGCCAGCAUCCCGCCCGAUUACAAACUCUGUCUCCUUCCCCGCUCACAAGCGUGAGGCCCGUGUGCUCUGAAGAUGGUAAAGGGGCGUGAGGAAGCCGCUCUCAGCUGUGCGAGUGAGGGGGGAGCGACUAGGGAUGCAGGGCCUCCGGACACCGUGCACACACUGUCCUCAAUAAACAGGUCAUGCUUCAAAGCCA